AUGCAGUAUGUUAAGUUGCCAAACGUGGCCAUACAUCAGGAUGACCCUCAACCUGAUUCUCAAGUUGCACGACAAUGGCGUAGGUUAGCCAGUGGAUCUUCGGUUCAUUUCCACCAAAUUACGGAUAGCUCUGUAAUUGGAAUUAAUAAUGGAGUUCUCCAUGAUGAUCAGACUAAGCAAAACCAAAAACGGACAAAAGUUAUAAUGGUGGAUGGCGAUGAAGAUAAUAAUAAGGCCGAAACGAUAGAUGAUAAUAAAGACAAAAUCGAAACAACAAGUAAGAUCGAAACAGGAGAUGACUAUGAAGAUGAGGUCGAAGCCUUGAAUUUGAUUUUGAUUCAGUUAUCAAGAGUUUGCAACAAGAACCAUUACACGAAGUAUUAA